CUUCCAAAUCUCCAGCCUAUGUUCUCUGCCCGCCUUAGCUCCCUUCACGCGUCAUCUGACAACUGCGCUGACAAUUGCUUCAGCCGACGGGAACCCCCUCGUGACGCGCACUCGGCGCGACACUGCCACGUUCAUAUGAUAGUAUAGGAAGAUGAGUAAUUUGAGGGGCUUUGCAGCGAGCCUUGGAGCUGGGAGAGGUCGAGACUUCCAGCUCCGCGCGCUUUUGCAGCAUACGCUCGCGCUGAUUGCCCUCUUGGGCUCGGUUUGCCAAGCGCAAGUGAUGAGCAAAAAUGGCGCGGAUAACGCAACGCAGCGGAGCCCCGCCGAGGAGCUGAACCACGUCCUGCAUUGGGUGGCGUACCUGCUGAUGGCCUGCUCCGCUGGACUGCUGCUAACUUCAGCAGUGGCACUGUUUCGAUGGCCGUAUCCAAGCUGCCUGUGCUACAACACUCCCUUUUCAGACUCCGCCAUGUGCCUAGGGUCGCCGUGCUGCGCCUGUGCCAAUAUACGCCAGGGGAACGUGACCUUAAUUUUUGCGUGGACAAUGCUUCUUCUUUGCCGGAUGGCCAUAGGGUUUGAGCUGUCGUACCUUUACCCCUACCUGGGCUUCUGCCUGCUACACGCCGUCACGGCGUCGUUGGUGUAUGUGAUGGUGCGCGGGGUGCAGCGGCAGCAGGCUGAGGAGGAGGCGGCGGUGGCGGCCAGCCGUGGCCGCAUGCUGCUGCUCCACGAACUGGGCGUGCCGGGAGCGCUGGGGCGAGAAGGUCAGCAGCCUGCGCCGCUGCCGCCCAUCCAGACCAUGAGUGCCGAGCUGGUGCUGGUGCUGCAGCCCGAUUACUGCAGCGCCUGUGGGGGAGUAGGAGGUGGUAGCAGCUGCGAGGAAAAGGGAGAAGGCGCUGACGGCGACGGCAAGCCCCGUGCCAGCUGCUGCGAGGCGUGGGGCGCUGAAGGCCGGGCGACUGGCGCCGCGGCGGAUGCUGCCGCUGGAGCCGCGGCGCACGCGGCGGGGCUGGGCAAGGCUGCCGGCGCACUGCCGCCUGGCGUGGCGUGGGCGUUGAGGUACACUCGCGUCGAACCGCCGCAUGCAGCGCCACACGGAGAGGACCAGGCGUCGCCUAAGGCCGCGGGCCUCGUGCGUGGCGGCAGCGGAGCAUCGCCCCUUGCGGCGCCAACGCCCGCGACCGCUACUGGGGGAGCUGGGAAUGUUGGACUGGUUGGAAUCAGUGCCUUCGCUGGCGCGCCAGCUGCGGCGGCUGCGGUGCUGCCAGAGGCGGAGCCGUCGGGUUGCGAGGGCCCUGGGGCGGCUGAAGCACCAGGAGCCGGCUGCGGCGCCGUCAGCAGCGCAGCGGGCGGGUGCUUCGGCCGCUUGGGGUGCGAGACGGGCGCCGGCGCCGACUGCAAUGGCACUGGAGCGCAGCAAUCGGCUCUGUGGCGAAGCGUCAGCGAAGCCCUGACGCCGGCGCAUGCCCUACAACAGCAAAGAUUGCAGGCGCGGCUCUCAUCAGCGAGGUCGCACAUGGCAGGAAGCUCGCCGGCCCUCGUGCUGGCCCACGGGGUCUCCCUGCCGCUUCCUGAGCUCGCGAACAGGACGCCGGUGGCCUCCCCGACAGCGUCUGUCCCUACUCACGCCCGUGCGUGGUCUGGCUCGCGUGCACAGAUUUCGGCCACGUCGCUUCCUGUGAUGGUUGCUACCUACCGUGGUGGCUCGCCUCCUCCAAGCGCCCUCCGUGGUGGCUCACCUCCUCCAAGCGCCCUCCGUGGGGGUUCUUCGCCUCCAGUACCGCGCCAGCAGCAGCGUGCAGUCCUCGGCCACAGGCCGGCCUCGACUGACGCUGCGGGGCACACGGACUGCCCGCCGCUGACGCCUGUGACGCUCGCUGCGGAUGCAGCCGCGGCGGCGGCAGCCGCACCGGCCGCUCCGCAAGCCGCAGACACCCAAGGCAACACCGCAGGCCCCUAGAAAUGGUAUGUCGUUCUGGGGUACUUCUGGCCUGUCCAGUGCAGUCGUGAACGGCUCGGCAGGGGGUCGCCGCAAUAUGGUUGGGUCCAGGCGCUGCUGCCGUGCGUGAUGCCGGGUGUUGCGAAAGCAUAAGGUGCUGCCAUGCGUGGUGCAGAGUGUGUGCUGACAAGUGCGUGGUGCCGAGGACGAGGGCCUCUGACAGGUCUGUGCAGGAUGCCUCUCGACGCAGGACUGUGGAUUGAUGCGGGUCUGGAUGUGGGCGCGGAUGAGACGUGGUAUACCUUGCAAAUGACUACCUAUGACCUGCUCAGAUGCUUUUGGAACUGAAUUGGGUUGUGAAUUCUCUUGCCUGUGCAUUUUGCUUUGACCGGGGAACACUCACGGGGACCACUUGUCCUGCUGGAACGUCAAAGCUUUGGCGUGUACCGAUUACUGGAAACGCGUGACUUCACUCUGUGAUAAUGGCCGUGGAGUUCGAUUGCAUCUGCGCUCUCACACUAGCAUUAGUUGAAUGCGAGUUACUGCAUCUGGCGGCAAGUACCUGAUUGCGGUGCAGGUCUUAGCUGAGUACGAUAUAGUUAGGUGAGCAGCUAGCACUGAUACGCUGUCCUGCGCGGUCGCCAGUUCUAGGCGUAAUCCCAAGAACUUGGACUCGUCGAGCUCUCGAGCGAUGGCGGAAGCCACAGAUGGACAACCGUGGUGGCAUGGUCGCCCCUGUGGAGCCGUAAUCCAGGUUCAGUGCCGCAGGGAGGGUUGAGCUAGUUGGUGUAUUCUGGGGGUCUUUUUAUUUGUAUGCUCAAGCGUAUCAGUAUUUGGUAAAGCCUAUUGAUUGCAAAUAGGCGGCGGGUCCAACCCAGCCGGAGCGGGAAAGACCUUUCUAGUUAUUUGUAUUCUCAGCGCUGUGGGAUGGUAUGCGGCAGCUGGAUGUGCGGCUGUUCCUCAUGCCCACACACCUCUACCUUCUCAGGACACGCCCCGUCAGGCGGGGAGUACUCACAGUUAUAAUUGUCCCUCUUCCAAGCGACUGAUGCCUGGUGACGAAACUUAUCAUGAUGUGCUUUUGAAGGAGCUUUGGAACCUGGGGGGGUGGGGGUGUCUGCUGCGCGUGGGUGCAAGUAUACUAUAAGGUUACCCUGACAGGAGGGUGGGAAAGUUGCCGCCGGGGGGCAUCUUGGGGGGUGGGUUUGGUCGGGCAUCUGUCUCGCGCGGCAUCUUGGUUGCCGCCGGGCGGCAUCUUGGUUGGCGGCAGGGGUGCCGCUGCGCAUCUCAGCUGCCACCCGCCCCAAUCUGAGUUUGGGGGAGCGGUCCCGCCGCGCAUCUUAGUUGCCGCCCGCCCCAAUCCAAGUUUGGGAGACCAGUCCCGCCGCGCAACUCGGUUGACACGCAUCCCAAUCUGAGUUUAGCAGGGCGGCCCCGCUGCACAACUCAGUUAGCGCGCGCUCAUAUGUGGAUUUGAGAGCCAAGCAUCGUGCUGUAGUGUUUGCACGGUAGUAGGUGCACGGCUGCAUGGCGGCACGCACAGCGGAAGCCGGGUAGCCCAAAAACG